GUGAUGACCCGCCUCGCCACGACCUGGGAGGAGGUGGGCGUCGUGUCCCCGGAGAGGAUUGAGGCCGACGCCUCCACCGAGGUCGUGGGCUACCAGUUCCUGGCUGACCCGCCCACGCCCUCGGUGGACCUCACGCGCGGCGCCCUGCUGCAGGACAGCCGCGGCUGGCUGCUGGAGGUGGCGUGGGUGGACAUCGAGCAGUUGAAGGGGGCCGUGCCACCUAUGGGGGUCAUGCAGGUCAACGGGGUUUGGGCCCCGGCUGCUGCUACCAGGGCGGCCUCUCCAGCACCGUCCUUGGCGUCGGCGGGGAGCUCCGGGGACAAGGUGUCGCCGGCGCCCUCGGCCCACGCCCCGCUCUUCCUGACCCCGCCAGGGUCAGCUGGCGCGCUGACGCCGCCGAACGGAGGGGCAGACCCUCGGGUGCUGGAGCUGGCGAAGCGCCUGCUGGAUCAGCAGGCCCCGCCGGCGGCCGUGGCCAGGAGCACCGCCGAGGUCAGGGGUUCCGUGGCGCGGCUGUGGGGCACGAGCCGCUCGCGCGCGCGCUACUGGUGUGGGCGCCGCGGCGGGCUGCUGGCGCAGUGGACCCUCUUCCUCGGCUUGUGCAUGGCGGCGCCAGCGUGGCUGGCCCCUUCGCGCGCGCGGAGCGUGGGAGCGGUCGCGCACCUGUCCGAGGACCUGGCGGACGCCACAGGAGCCAUCGCGCAGGUGGCCAAGAACGACACUCUUCUCGUCUCGGAUGUGGCGGUCUCGCUGACGAAUGGCCCCGUGCCCCUCGUGCAGGAGGCCUGGUCAGGCGUCGACCUGGCAGACUCGCUGGCGAAUGCUUCGGGGGCCCACUUCCUGGUGCUGAGGGGCGUCACCAGGAAGCACGGCGACCUCCUGUGGAAUGCGAUCGCGGGCGUGGGCCAGCUCUUCCCUCAUCUUACAGUUUCUGAGCAUCGUUUCCGCACCGCCUCCUACUUCGAUUUCUUCGAGUACGAAGUGCGCCUGUUUCGGAGUGGCUAUGUCGGUGUCCGUUUUCUGUGGGCCAGAAUGUCCUUCGGAGCGGUCUGGGCCAAACCGCAUUGGGAGUUUGUCGGCGCCGACGUGACCCCAGAGCUCGAGGCCAUCGGCGGCCUCACCCGGGAGUCCAUCUCCGCGGAUCUGGACCUCGGUUGGCUUCGUGAACCGUUCUCCGAUGCAGAGGACGAGUUGCAAGUGUCCCCGCCCGCCUGGAUUAGGUUGGUACAGCUUUUGCGCCAACAG